AGGGAGGCGAAAGGGCUGCCUUAUCUGCUACCCCUUGGAAGAAAGAGAAGGGGAGCUUUGGAUUAACGAAACAGCUCCAUUUGGAAGAGGGGAGAAGAGGAGGACCCCUUUUGAGUGCACUGUUCCUAGCUGGAGGGGUUAUAUUGCCGGCUGGGUUGGAUCGGGAAGGCGACAACGGCAGGCAAGGAGAGGAAAGAGGCAGCGCUCGAUUUCGGGCAGGCAACGCGGAGGCUGCCCGUCGAGCCCAGCCUGUCCGGGGAAGCCGGGCUCGACUGCAAGGCGGCGAGGCUGAGCUCGUCAAGCUGGCCGGGGAGGAGCUUGAGGCGGGGGAUUAGAGGCGGCGGAAGCGGUCCGGCGCGCUCAGUCGGGCAGCGGCUGCGGUGGCGAGCGCUGCUUGCCCGGUCGCUGCGCUCGUCCGGGGAAGAAAGGCGGGCAAGGCGAGCCGAGCCUGAAGCGUCUGUCGUUGCCUGCUCGGCAGGCAGCUGCGUCCGCUGGGCGGGAAGGAGUUCUUGCUUGGACUCUUUCCCUCCGCUCAAGCUGAGUUUCCCUUUGCCCCGGGAGGGUUCCAGCUCUCUGACCUCGAGGGACUUCCCGUUGGUUUCAGAGGGGAAGGGUCUCCUUGGCUUGUUGAGGGUCAGGAGGCGUUGGGCUAGGAAAGGAGGUUCUGCCCACGGAAUAGGGCAAGGGUGGGCGGGCUGGCGACGUCUUCCCAUCAGCAUCUCCAUGAACCAGACAGAAGGCUUGGGCUCCAACGCCUCCUGGCCCUCCAGGGAGCCCUCCCUGGAGGAGGAGGAGGGUGCCACCUUCCUCUCGGAUAUUGGCGUUGAGAACUUCAUCACCUUGGUUGUCUUUGGGCUCAUUUUUAGCUUGGGCGUGCUGGGCAACUCCUUGGUCAUCACCGUGCUGGCCAGGAGCAAGCCGGGCAAGCCCCGCAGCACCACCAACAUCUUCAUCCUCAACCUGAGCAUUGCUGACUUGGCCUACUUGCUCUUCUGCAUCCCUUUCCAGGCCACUGUGUACCUGUUGCCCAGCUGGGUGUUGGGCACGUUCAUCUGCAAGUUCAUCCACUACUUCUUCACAGUCUCCAUGCUGGUUAGCAUCUUUACCCUUUCGGCUAUGUCUGUGGACCGCUAUGUGGCCAUUGUGCACUCCCGACGCUCUUCUUCUCUGCGGGUGUCCCGUAAUGCGCUUAUCGGUGUAGUGGUGAUCUGGCUGUUGUCAAUUGCCAUGGCCUCCCCUGUGGCUCACUACCAGCGCACCUUUAAUCACGAAACCCUGAACCAGACUUACUGCUGGGAAAUAUGGCCCAAUCAAGAGCACAAGAAAGUUUAUGUGGUCUUCACCUUUGUCUUUGGAUACCUGCUGCCUCUGCUGCUGAUCUCAUUCUGUUAUGCUAAGGUCCUCAAUCAUCUGCAUAAAAAGCUGAGAAAUAUGUCAAAGAAGUCAGAAGCAUCCAAGAAAAAGACAGCACAAACAGUCCUGGUGGUGGUGGUGGUUUUUGGAAUAUCCUGGCUGCCGCAUCAUAUCAUACACCUCUGGGUUGAAUUUGGAAUUUUCCCACUGACUCCAGCUUCAUUUGUCUUCAGAGUGAUAGCUCAUUGCCUGGCUUACAGUAAUUCUUCUGUGAAUCCUAUUAUAUAUGGAUUUCUCUCUGAGAAUUUUCGGAAGGCUUAUAAGCAAGUGUUCAAGUGCCAGAUAGGCAACAAAGUACCUCUGAAUGAAAUUAAAGAGAGUAAGAGUAAUAUUGACACACCCCCAUCUACCAAUUGUACACAUGUGUGAGCAGCAAAAAUAAAUGUCUUUAUCUCUAA